AUGGGCAGCGGCAAAGGCGGAAGCUCUUGGAUCAGUAGGAGCAGUAGCAGCAAAUCUCUACGAGAAUGCCUUGAGCACAAGUGUCAUAAGCCGGUAGGGAAGUUUGGUAGAAAUAAGGAGUAUUCAGUCCACUGCGAGAAGCAUGCUUGUAAUUUCGGAGCUAGGUGCAAGUUGAGCAAACAUUCAAGAGAUAAGUUCUGCACCUACCACUCUGUGUGUGCUUGGCCUACAUGCGAUACAAAGGUCUUAGAUGUCGAAGGAGUCAAUUUUCUUUACUCUAAUAUUAGUCACCAGAAAUGGUAUUGCCGCGAUCACUCCUGCAAGGCAAAGGUCAAAGACAAGCAGUGCUACGAGCUACGCCAUAAGAACUCCCAAUACUGUGAAGAGCACUCCAAAGAGUUCAAGUGCAAGAACCCGAAAUGCGAUUCAGACCGAGAUGGUUCCGAACGGAUCAUGAAAUGGCGGGUCGAGAUAAGAAAAAGUGCUAUCGGCAUCAACACUGUGAAGCCUCGAGAGACUGCAAGAAUUACUCUGUUUGGGAUCCCGACAAAACUCCAACGAGGCUCUGUGCGAACCACUACAAAUGCCAGUUCUUACACGACUGCAACGGCUUUGCCCAAGGAGAUUCAAGAUUCUACUUAUGCUCCGCGCCUGGAUGCCCCGACUUUGCGAACGGACAUGGUCACGCCCACCCCCAGAAAUGCUUCCGACAUACUUGUCAAAGAGCAGACUGUUCAGAAAUCGUCCAGGACAGCAAUCCCAACUCUCAUUUUUGCCAAACUCAUGCCUGCGCUGACCCUUCAUGCUCUUAUGAGUCAACAAUCCCUGAUGGCUAUUGCUACGCCCAUGGAUGCAACACACCUGGCUGCCGUACGCCCCGAGACCGUGGCUCUCUAUUCUUCCCCUCUCUUUGCAGACUCCAUGGGGAAGAGAGACAGGAAGAUGAGUACUAUUAUCAUACCGCUGCUCCUUCUCGAGCAACAUCUCGCUCGGGUAGCAGGACUAGUAGCCAUGACUCCCGGCGCAUUCCGAGGACAUUUCGCCACCAGCAAUACCAUUACCCAACAUAUCAGAAUCCGUUUCAGGCCUCAGAAGCUGAUCGUCGAUAUGAAACGUAUGACAACGCAGAUUAUCAUUACCUGA